CUUAUAUGACAAUGUAACUUGAUCAUUGGUGGAAGCCUACAAGGAAGACCCUGUCACGAUGGACAUCAUGCACAAACUAGAGGCACAAGACAAGGCCACAUCUGAUGAGUUUGUGAUGGUGGAUGGGUUGCUCUUUCUUGAGAAGGCAGGAUUUAAGAGGACACUCUUCAUCUUUAUACUGGCACUAGUUGGCGUCUUUUACCCAUAUAAUCGUGGGGCACUGUUCACUGCUCUCAUUGUGAUAUAUGCCUUGACAUCAGGAAUUGCUGGUUAUGUGGCAGCAUCCUACUAUCGUCAGUUGGAAGGCACAAACUGGGUGCAGAACAUAAUGUUGACAAGCUGCUUGUUCUGUGGACCACUCUUCUUGAACUUCUGCUUCCUCAAUAGUGUGGCAAUCUUUUACAAGGCCACAGCUGCACUGCCGUUCGGCACUAUAGUCAUCAUUUUCCUAAUCUGGACUUUGGUGACUUCCCCUUUAUUGGUGCUGGGAGGUAUUGCAGGGAAGAACAACAAAUCAGAGUUCUCUGCGCCUUGUAGGACAACCAAGUACCCAAGGGAGAUCCCUUCCCUCCCUUGGUAUCGGCAGACUAUCCCCCAGAUGGUGAUGGCCGGUUUCCUUCCAUUCAGUGCCAUUUACAUAGAGUUGUAUUACAUCUUCGCAAGUGUGUGGGGCCACAAGGUGUACACUAUCUACAGCAUAUUAUUUAUUGUGUUCAUCAUUCUGAUCAUCGUAACAGCCUUCAUUACCAUUGCUCUCACAUACUUCCAGCUUGCAGUAGAGGACCACAGAUGGUGGUGGAGGUCGCCGGCGUGGAGCCCCAGCUAUGGCACCAGAGUGGUAGCUACGGACUUGCACACCAAGAUCAGCUGGGAUGAUCUGAAGGCUGCGUGGCACAAGCGGUUCCAAGUCGAGCCGCCCGAGAUCAAGGUUAUGGACAAGCUCAUGGUCUUCGAGCAAGGCACACUGCCGAGUACCGACUGGAUCGCCGAGUACCAACGCUUGACGUCAGUCCCAGACAUCCAAAUGGGCUUCAAAGCCAUCCGCCACUACUUCAUCUCAAGGUCAUGUCCGACAUUAAGCAAUGCCCUGACUCACGUCGAGGACACCUUUACGACAACGGCGGAACUUUUUGACAAGGCCGCGCAGAUCAUUGUCACGAACAAGGAGGCCAAGAACGACGUUGGUUUCUUUCUUCAUCGGCAGCCCUUGCUGCUGCCUCGUCAUGUUGGCGCUGUUGUUCAAGUGCCAGCAGACGUGCCUGCUCGGCGUCCUCUGCCUUCUUCUUCGCUACUGCCGCUGCGUCAUCUUCCCGUUUCUUUGUUUCGGUACUCCAGGCCAUCAUCCGGGUGUGAUAGGCCUCGUUUGCUUCUCCGGACCUCUGGUCCAUGACGACUGUUUGUGAACGCAACAACAUAGACCAGGCCGGGGGCCUGCUGACGUGGUAUUCCCUGCUGCUGACGUGGCACUGCCGGCGUGGCAUGCUGACAUAGUCAGCUGACGUGGCCUGCUGACGUAGUCUGCUGACGUGGCCUGCUGACGUGGCAACUUACCAAUGUCGCCGCAGGGGGUACACUGAGACAGGUAGAGAAGGUAGGGCGAGAGGGGGCAACAACAUAGGUGGGGAGGGUGGGUGGGAAGAAUCGCCCAGAUAAGGAGCCACUAAUCAAAAAAGAAAAGUUUGAACUCUGCAAAAAAUUUCGAAAAAUGAAAAAAUUCCGAUUUUUGCAAGUUCAGUAGGUCUCUCGACCUCCCUUGAAGUGUGAAAUGAUCAAUGAGAAAAAAAAAAAAAAUUCGACUUCAGACUGCAAAUGAUUUAUAGAACUGACUAACAAAAUCCUAGAACUGCG